CAGCUCACCACCUGUUUCGUCAACAUUCCAACGUCUUCAUCUCCUCUCUCUCUCCCACGCACUCGUCGCAGUCGCAGACAGCUCUUCGACACCUAUCCGUUCUGUCUCUCCGAGGCCUGUUAGCACUCCCAAUCCAUUUCAACCCUCCUUCACUUCAAUCCGCAUCCUUCCCUGCCCAAAAUGGCGUCCGCGAUGGAAGUUGACCCCGUCGCUGGCAACGACCAGAUUGACGAGGGUCUCUAUUCUCGCCAGCUCUACGUCCUCGGCCAUGAGGCGAUGAAGAAGAUGGCCAACUCUAACGUCCUAAUUGUCGGAAUGAAGGGCCUUGGUGUCGAGAUUGCCAAGAAUGUCGCCCUGGCCGGCGUCAAGAGUGUGACCAUCUACGACCCGGCGCCGGUUGAGAUCGCCGACCUCGGCACUCAGUUCUUCUUGCGUGAGGAGGACGUCGGCAAGCCGCGUCACGAAGUAACGGCGCCGCGUCUCGCCGAGCUCAACUCGUAUGUGCCCGUAAAGGUGCUGGAGGGGAGCGGCGAGAUCACCCCCGACAUGGUUGCGCCCUAUCAGGCAGUCGUUCUCACCAACACGACGCUCGCGAAGCAGAUUGAGAUUGACGAGUUCACGCGCACCAAGGGCAUCUUCUUCAUUGCUGCUGAUGUGCGCGGCCUCUUCGGGUCGGUGUUCAACGACUUCGGCGAUGACUUUACUUGCGUCGACCUGACCGGCGAGAACCCAUUGAGCGGCAUGGUUGUUCACAUCGAGGAUGGGCCGGAUGCGCUUGUCACUUGCCUGGAUGAGACGCGCCACGGCCUGGAGGACGGUGACUAUGUCACCUUCGCCGAGGUCAAGGGCAUGGAGGCACUGAACGGUUGCGAGCCCCGGAAGAUCACCGUCAAGGGCCCCUACACCUUCAGCAUCGGCGACACUACCGGCCUCGGAGAGUACAAGUCGGGCGGCCUCUUCACGCAGGUGAAGAUGCCCAAGGUCCUGCACUUCAAGUCUCUCAAGGACACCCUCACCCAGCCCGAGUACUUCAUCACUGACUUUGCCAAGUGGGACCGCCCCGCGACACUGCACGUCGGUUUCCAGGCGCUGUCGCAGUACUUCGAGAAGAACGGCCGCCUUCCCCGUGCUCACAGCUCGGAGGAUGCUGCCGCUCUUAUUGCCAUCGCGAAGGAGAUUCACUCGUCCACCGCUACCGAGGGCGAGCUUGACGAGAAGAUUCUCGAACAGCUCGCGUUCCAGGCCACUGGUGAUCUCUCACCCAUGGUUGCUGUCAUCGGUGGUUUCGUCGCGCAGGAGGUGUUGAAGGCUGUUUCGGCCAAGUUCCACCCCAUGCAGCAGAACAUGUACUUCGACUCUCUGGAGUCGCUCCCCACUGAGCUCCCCACCGAGGCCGACUGCCAGCCCACCGGCUCUCGCUACGAUGGCCAGAUCGCUGUGUUCGGCAAGAAGUUCCACGACAAGAUUGCCGCCAACCGCCAGUUCCUAGUCGGAUCGGGAGCCAUUGGCUGUGAGAUGUUGAAGAACUGGUCGAUGAUGGGUCUUGGCUCUGGCCCCGAGGGUUCGAUCGUUGUCACCGACCUUGACACCAUCGAGAAGUCCAACCUUAACCGCCAAUUCCUUUUCCGCGCCAAGGACGUUGGCCAGUUCAAGGCCGCGUCCGCAGCGGCCGCCGUCACUGACAUGAACCCUGCCCUCAAGGGCAAGAUCACCACCUACCAGGAGCGUGUGGGCCCCGAAACCGAGCAGACGUUCGGUGACGAGUUCUUCAGCAAGCUCGACUGUGUGACCAAUGCGCUCGAUAACGUGAUGGCGCGCCAGUACAUGGACCGCCGCUGCGUGUUCUACCAGAAGCCGCUCCUCGAGUCGGGCACGCUCGGGACGAAGGCCAACACCCAGGUCGUCAUCCCGUUCAUGACCGAGUCGUACUCGUCCUCGCAGGACCCUCCUGAGAAGUCGAUUCCCUCGUGCACGGUCAAGAACUUCCCCAACGCCAUUGAGCACACCAUUCAGUGGGCCCGUGAGGCUUUCGACGCCCUGUUCGUCAACCCUCCCCAGACCGUUAACCUCUACCUCUCGCAGCCCAACUUUGUCGAGACUACGCUCAAGAGCUCUGGCCAGCACCACGAGCAGCUCAAGCAGAUUGAGCGCUACCUUGUCAACCGCCCGACCACGUUUGCCGAGUGCGUUCAGUGGGCUCGUCUGCAGUUUCAGAACGACUAUGUCAACGAGAUCAGUCAGCUCCUGUACAACCUUCCCAAGGACCAGGUCAACUCGAACGGCACCCCCUUCUGGUCGGGCCCCAAGCGUGCCCCGGACCCGCUUGCGUUCGACAUUGACGACGAGCUUGACUUCGCCUACCUUGUGGCAGCGGCCAACCUUCAUGCCUACAACUAUGGUCUCAAGGGAGAGCGUGACCCUGCUGUCUUCCGCAAGGCGCUGGAGGGCUUUGAGGUGCCCAAGUUUGUGCCGAAGAGCGGCGUCAAGAUUCAGGUUAACGAGAACGAGCCUGUGAACGAGACGCCCGAUGACUCGGACGACAUUGAGUCGAUUGUCAAGACUCUCCCCUCUCCCUCUUCGCUUGCUGGCUUCCGCCUGGCGCCCUGUGACUUUGAGAAGGACGACGACUCGAACCACCACAUCGACUUCAUCACGGCGGCCUCCAACCUUCGCGCGCGUAACUACAGCAUCACCGAGGCGGAUCGCCACAAGACCAAGCUGAUUGCGGGCAAGAUCAUCCCCGCUAUCGCGACCACCACCGCCCUCGCCGUGGGCCUGGUGUGCCUCGAGCUGUACAAGAUCAUUGACGGCAAGGACGACAUCGAGCAGUACAAGAACGGCUUCGUCAACCUGGCGCUGCCAUUCUUCGGCUUCUCGGAGCCCAUCGCUGCCGCCAAGCAGAAGUACAAUGACACUGAGUGGACUCUGUGGGACCGCUUCGAGAUUGAGGGCAACCCGACGUUGCAGGAGAUCAUCGACUGGUUCCAGGAGAAGCACGGCCUCGAGCUGCAGAUGGUGUCGCAGGGCGUGUCCAUGCUGUGGUCAGCGUUCACUCCCGCUAAGAAGGCGGCUGAACGUCUUCCCAAGAAGAUCUCAGACCUCGUCGAGGAGGUCAGCAAGAAGCCGUUGCCGUCGUGGCAGAAGAGUUUGCUGGUAGAGGUUAUGGCUGAUGACUCGAGUGGCGAGGACGUUGAAGUGCCAUACCUUCUCAUCAGGCUUCCUUGAGUCUUGGAGAUCGCCCACAUUCCAGUAGAGUAGGACGUAGAAGCGAUGUAGUUGGUGCAAGAAGCCACGUGAGAGA